AUGCUCUUACGAUCUACUUUUAGGGAAUUAUUUAGAAGAACCUACACUGUAGCAGCUAACAAAGUUUCACAGGAGAAAUUGGUUGACCCGAAUCAACUACCAAAAACUGAAAUCUUAUUAAAAAGAUUUUGGAAAAAUACAUCAAUAACAAAAAAUCAAGACGGUAAUUAUUUAAUAAUACUUGAUAAACGACAAUUGAAAACACCUGGAGGAUCACACUUGAUCAUACCAAAAACGAAAAAGUAUUUGGCAUUACUGAUUGCUGGUGAAUGGGAAUCACAAAAGGCUGUGCUAAAACAUCAUUCAUUGCCUUUGACAUCUCUAGUUGCUAGAGCAAUAGAUGUAUUUGAUAAAGAUGCUAAAGAAAGAGAGAAAGUAAUUACCGGUUUAAUUAAAUAUCUUGAUACUGAUACUAUUUGUUAUCAAGAACCAUUUCCUGAAUCUUUGGUAAAUCUUCAAAAAGAACAUUGGGAUCCAUUAAUAAAUUGGAUACAAUCAACUUAUAAUAUUGAAAUAAAAUCAACAUAUAGUAUUAUUGGGAUAAAACAGCCAAUUCAAUCCAAAGAAAAACUUCAUUCUAUUAUUAAUAAAUUUGAUGGAUUAAAAUUAGCAGCUUUGGAACGUGCUACAAUAAUAUCAAAAUCAUUUAUUAUUGGCCUUGGUUUGGUAGAACGAAAACUAUCAGUUGAAGAGGCUGCAAAAGCUGCAAGAAUUGAAACAAUCUCACAAACAAUGCGUUGGGGUCAAUUAGAAAAUGCACAUGAUAUUGAUAAUGAAGAUAUAAAACGUCAACUUGGAUCUGCUGUUUGUACAUUAAUCAACAGUGUUGAUGUUGAUGUUAUAGGUGUUGAUGUUGUAGGUGUUGAUGUAGAUUCUUGUGUUUGUAAAUCUUCACUUUUUUUUACCCAUUCUAUUGGAAAUUUGAAUGAUUUUUUAUUUUUUUUAAUAUGCCUUAAAUCAAGUGGAAUAUCCUCAAAUUUAUCUGCAUUUGGAUUCUAUAUUUAA